UAUAUUUGGAUAGUGUCUCGAGACCAGGCGAGACCAAACGAGACUAGACGAGACGAGACGAGACGAGACUGAACCAGGACGAGACGAGACUCAGACUUGGUCUCGUCUCGAGGUAACGAGACGAGACGAGACUUUCGAAAGUCUCGUCUCGUCUCGUCUCGCGGCAACACUACCUUCAACUCGCUACUACAUCCGGAGCACAGCCCACCAGCCGCGAAUUAAAAAAAUCACGUUUCGUUGUUCACCGACGAAAAAUAAGGUUUCGUAGGGAAGCAAAACCAAAAACCGCUCUGUUACGAGAUUUUGUUUCUUGUGUUUUUCAAAGGUCUAUGCAGAAAAUGCGUGUAAGAGAAAAUUCUGGUACCUACCUAUUUAUCAAUUUAUUCUCUAAAAUUAUCUUGAGACGUGUACUGACGCACACAUUUUUAUCUAAAUUUGUUAGUGUGGGAUUAUGUAUGUAUACACCAUGACCCCACAAUCUACCGUGAACUUAUUACUUAAACUUCCUUUACAUUCGGCGUCUAACAGCCAAAUGAAGAAGACGGUGAAACUAAAGAUUGCGAUUAUAGGCGGAGGACUUGUGGGUCCGAUUUGCGCUUUGUACAUGGCGAGACGUGGUUUUCAUGUCACAGUCUUUGAGCAUAGGCGUGAUCCCCGCGAUUGGGGGUUUGUAGGUGGAAGAUCGUAUAACUUGGCGGUUUCCCACCGCGCGUUAAGGGCUCUUCGCGAAUUAGGCCUGGAGAAGGACGUGCUGAGCGCCAGUGUUGCCAUGAACGGUCGAUACUUGCAUCAGUUGAACAGGAAAUAUAAAGCGCUCCUCUACGAUCCGAAGGAUGGCCAAUGCCUUUAUUCGAUACCCCGCGGAGUUCUGAAUAGGAUAUUGCUCGAUGUCUUAACUAAAACGAACAACAUCGAAAUUGUUUUUGAGCACAAGCUUCUUGCCGCAAAGAGACUGGCCAAUUGACACUUUUACAGGAAGUUUUUUGUUGGUGCGCCAGGCUCAAAUAAGAUACCUGUAACAGAACGAAGAAUAAUACAACCGUUGAGGUUCAAUUCGAUUUAAUAAUAGGAGCAGAUGGUGCCCAUAGCACUUUAAGACGAUGUAUGCUCCAAAAGCCCAUGUUCAACUACUAUCAGUCUUACAUAACCCACGGAUAUAUAUGGAGUUAAAUGUAUCUGCAGAACUUGGAGGUCACUUAACGCUAAAUUACCUGCAUAUAUGGCCGCGUAAUGAGUUAAUGUUGAUAGCGUUACCAAAUUGCGACCAAUCGUGGACUAUUAGCUUGUUUAUGUCUUAUGCUGAAUUUGAGGAGUUGCGAGAUGAGCAACAAGUUCGGGAUUUCUUUUCAGAAAUGUUCCCCGACAUUGUCCCACUACUGGACAUGGGGUCGUUAACGCGACGCUUCCUCAAAGAUAAACCAUCUGCCAUCCACUACGUCAAAUGUAGUCGAUACCAUUUUGAAGAUGAUUGGAGAUGCCGCCCACGUAAUGGUACCAUUUUUCGGUCAAGGGUUGAACGCGGGCUUCGAAGAUGUUACCAUUCUAAAUGAGAUACUCAAUUCAUGCGAAGACGACAUACCAAAAGCUCUAGAGACGUUCACCGAGAGAAGACGAAAUGACUGCCACGCCAUUUCCGACCUCUCGCUGUAUAACUACGUCGAAUUGCGAGACUUAACUACCCGUCCGUCUUUCCAUCUGCGUAAAUUCAUUGACGACAGCCUUUUUCGUCUAUUUCCAUCAUACUGGCUACCAUUAUACCAGUCGGUUUCAUUUACGAAUUUGAGCUAUGAGAAAUGCGCUCGCAAUAGGCGACGACAGGAUACGGUCGUUUUUUAGGUUAUUUUAGCUACGGCUUUAACCAUUUUAGUCGUCGCUGGGGAGCUAUUCGCGCGUUUUGUAAUGUUCCUAUGCUAAUUACCUAUACUGGCAAGGCAAUAAAUAAGUACA